CACAGUCAAAUCACCAAACUGAAGACAGGACUUAAGACGGGAGUGGUGUGCCACCCGCAAAAAUGGGCUCCGUUCUAGAAAGCGGUCCAUGGAAAAAGCUCACGCCGGACCUCAUACUGCGGAUAGCAGCACACUGCCACCCGAACGAUGCCGCCAGCAAUUUGAAGCUUGUCGACGCCGAGGCGUGCGCGUGCCUGCGCAGCGUCUAUAGAGUAGUCACAGUGGGCCAGGAACUAAAAACUCCAAUCGGCUGGAUGGCGAAUCGGCCACUGCGUGUCGCCGGCGAGGCUUGGCCGGGAGACGCGUUCGUCAAGCACUGGGGCCGGCCGGAGCCCUGGCGCGCGCUAACACAAAAACGCCGCUCACUGCUGCUGUGCCUGGCGGCCUCCAGCCAUCAUGCCGCCAGCCUGGAGGCGGCGCUGACCCACUGCGGCGUGGGGCUGGCUAGUGAGGUCUUGGAGACGGCGGCAGCAGCAGGCGACCUGGCGGCUUGCCAGCGGCUGGUGCAGGAGGGCUGCGAGGGCAGCUAUCGGAGCGUGCAGUUUGCGGCCUACUUCGGGCACUUGCACGUGCUGCAGUGGGCCUGGGCGGCGGGUCCGCACGAAGCAAGGUCGCUGCUGUGGCAGGCGCUGUUCGGCGAUGAGCCGUUCCCCCUCAUCACCGUGGCGACCUGGGCGUGUGCGGGCGGCCAGGGCCACGUGCUGACGUGGCUGGAGAGCGGACCACCACCGCCGCAUCAACCACACGCCGUGGCGGCAUCUGGAGGCCUGGCAGAGGAGCAGGAACCGGGACCAAGCCAGGGCCAGGAACCGGGACCAAGCCAGGGCCAGGGCAGGGGCUGGGGCGCUGCUGGGCAGGAGCAGAAGCAGCAGCAGGCGGCUGGGCGGCGGGGGCAGCAGGGGCAGCAGGGGCAGCAGGCGCAGGAGCAGCCCAUGGCGUUUUCGCCUGACCCGUUCACGCUGAGGCGGAUGGUGCAAGACGCGGCCAGCCACGGCCACGCCCACAUCGUGGAGCGGCUGCUGGGUGGUCCCACGGGUCGCUAUGCCUCUCUCGCAGCCCACUGGGUGCCUGAGGACCACUACUGGAUCCUGUUCAACAUUCCCGGAGCAAUCUCGCCGUCCAAGCUGCUCCCACCUCCUCCCCCCCCCUCCAAAUUGCUCCGGGGGGAUGCGUCAGCAUCCCGUCAUGUGGCCGAGGGCAGUAGCCCCGAGGUCCUGCAGCGCUUCUACGACGCAUGGGUCCCACGGGUCACCCGCCUGGACAGUGACAAGGAGCGAGCACAGCUGCUCUCCCAGGCGGUGUCGAGCACCAGUGGUGGCUGGCAGGCCAAGGUGGAGUUCCUGCUGUCACGAUGGGCCGCAGGAGGGACCGCGGGGCAGCAGGCUGUGGCACGCGUCAUGCGGGCAUUCGGCCAGGAGCUGAGGAGCUGGCGACGCGAGGUGUGGGCAAGCCACGACUACGCGCAGCGGUGGCGGUUCCUGGUGGCACAGGGGCUGCCUGACGGCUGGCAGCUGCAGGCGGUCAGGCAAGCGGCCGUCAGCGGCAACUGUACGGCGCUGGCAGAGCUGCUGAAUGCAUGGGCAGCACCCAAAACGCUUCCUGCUCCUGACCCACGAUGGCACCACGGGGGUGCACACGAGCAGCAGCCCAGCAGGGCAGCAGGCCCAUGGCCGGGCCCAAGCCUGGUGCAGGAGCUUGGCCAGAUGGCUGUGCGCGAGGGUCAGCUGCCAGUGCUGCACAUGCUGUGGCAGCGCUACGGUCCAAACGUGGUGCAGCUGGGCGUGAAAGACAUUGCGACCUCCAGGGCUGGCUCUCUCGAGACUGCUUGGUACCUGGCUCGGAUGCUGGAGCCCGUGGAGGGGCCAAGGGACGUCCGCCCAUGGCGAGAGGAGGCUGACGAAGUGACGGCAGGGGAUGGAGAGUGGGAUGAAGCUUUGAGCAGCUGUGUUUAUGCGGGCGCUGACGAGUCUCUGCUGGGCAUGCUGGUGGAGCGGUACCGUGCCCGCAUGGACCUGCCACAAAUGGUCAAGUACAGCAGCGUUCAGACCCUGGACUGGGCCCUGGGGGUUGCGCGUGCACAGAACGAGGAGCGUGUGUGGCUUUUGAAGAUACAGCAGGAGCGGGCCGAAUACUGGCAUGGGCUGCCGUACGAGAUCACAACAACAUUCACGAUGCGUCAGCUGUGGCUGCUGGCGUCACGUGGCAACCUGGCCGCUGCGAGCUGGCUUCUGGACUGCGGCCUCCUCAGCCCACCGACAAGCUUGCUCCCUCACCCAGCAGACUUCUUCAGGCCUGGGUAUGACUACGUGGACGAGUGGGAGGAGGGAAGUGAUGGUUUCGGAGGCUCUUCUUCAAGCAUGUGGCCAGACCACACUCUUGAGGCGCCAUCUCGCCGGGUGCACGCCAUGGGCUACCUCCGGCUGUGGGUGACACACAACAUGGCGGUGACGGGCACUGCGGCAGCCAGCAGUGCAGCGGGCACGGCAAGUGGGGUGGAGGCAGUAGCAGGCGGGGAGGGUGCUGCUGGAGGCAGCAGCGUCAGCAGCAGCAGUAGUGAUCAUGCGGCGCUGGUGCAGCAGUGGGACCGCCUGGUUGACUUUGCGUCCACGUUUCAGGACCCGCCGCUGCUGCCCCACCAGCUGGAGUGGCUUAGACGGCGGCGGCUGGAGGUGGUGGCGGGCUGGGCGGCGGCUAUUUAGAGCUAGCAAAAGGGAAUGCUGCUGUCUGGGAUUGUGGGGGAUUGUUGUGUACGAUGCAUGUGAUGGCAAAGGCCUUUAGUUGGAAGAGGUGCGAAGCAGCAGCGUGUGGAAGCGCUGGUCUACUUCAGACAGCAUCCAAGGCUGGCCGCUGUAUCAAUGUGACGUGUGGAUGUUUGUUAUUGUGCUCUGUGUUGUGCAUGUGGCUGGAGCCUGCUGUGAGUGUCUACGUACGCAUUAGUUCCGCAAAGCACGUCAAUUUCAACGCUGGGAUUGUUGAGUUUCUGCUCACACAAAUUGAUACCGGCGACCGCCUUUGCUAGCAUAGAAUUCUAACGGGCACAUGUGGGAUGGGUAUGAGGUGCAGGUCUGGUGCCGUUUAUUUAAGAGAUGGGGGGAUGUGCACGCUCAUUCCCUGUUUGUUUUAGUUCAUGCAGGACACGACUGCAUAGUUUCUGGUUGGUGCCUGUGCCACGAGGCUGUCACCAUGGGGUUGUUUCCGGCUACAAGGGUGCAGUGCCGCCCUUGCCCAGUGCUGCUUUUCCGUUAUUAACAAAUGACGUGCGUGCUGUAACGGACAUUCUUU